UCUUGGUCAGUCAGUAGCAAACUAACGUCAUGUCAAAAUUAACGCUUUACGGUUUCGAUCCUAGUCCUCCAGUGCGCGCUGUCAAACUGACACUGGCUGCGCUCCAGUUACCCUAUGACUUUGUGGUCGUAAACCUUUUGAACAAGGAGCAAAUGUCAGAGACGUAUGUGAAAAAGAAUCCGCAACAUACUAUUCCAAUGCUGGAAGAUGGAGACGCUUGCAUUUGGGACUCACAUGCAAUUAUUUGCUAUUUGGUAAGCAAAUAUGGAAAGGACGAUUCUCUGUAUCCCAAGGAUCUGUUGCAACGUGCUGUCAUCGAUCAACGUCUGCACUUUGAGUCCGGCGUAGUGUUUGCCAACGCUCUGCGAGCCAUCACCAAGAUGGUUCUCUUUAUGGGUGUGAAGGAAGUGCCAAAAGAGCGCAUUGAUGCUUUUAUCGAGGUCUACAACUUUAUGGAAGCCUUUUUAAAGGAUCACGAUUACGUUGCUGGAGAUCAUUUAACCAUUGCAGACUUCAGUCUCAUCUCAACGAUCAGCUCAUCAGUGGCCUACGUGGAGAUCGAUUCCUCCAAAUGGAAGAAGCUAAGUGCAUGGAUUAAGCGAAUGGAAGAGCUUCCGUACUACUCGGAAAAUUCCAUUGGAGCUCAGCAGUAUAUUGCCAAAGUUAAAAGUAUACAAUUUACUGUCGCAGCUUGAAUUCAAUAUUGUCUAAACUUGUUAGUAGCAUAAUAAAAACAAAACCCAAAAACAACA